UAGUGUAGCUGGUAAUCCGCCAUUCCGCGCGAGAUCAGUAGGGUGCGCGUGCUGGUGCUGGCUACGGCCAUGGCGACGCCCACCAGCACCGUCACCCGCGGCGGCAACAGGCAUUGGCAUUGUACCCAAGUGCUUCCACUGCUGUUGCUAGUACCACUAUGCUUCGCGCUUCUGGUUGAGAGCGGCGGCAUCCCCACGACGCUGGACGGGCCGUUUCCGCCGGCCACGCGCGCGUUCGACCGCGCGCUGCGGCAGGGCAGCAACGACGUCCCGCUCACGGAUCCGCGCCUUGCGCCCCGCGUGCAGCCCCCGGCGCCCGAGCAGAUCGCGCUCGCCGCCUCCGCCGACGCCGACUCGCUCUGGGUCUCUUGGGUCACGGGCCGCGCGCGCGUGGGCUCCUCCAACCUCGCGCCGCUCGACCCCGCCGCCGCCGGCAGCGAAGUCUGGUACGGCGAGCGCAGCGCCGCCGACGCCGCAUCCUAUCCGCACGUGGUCACGGGGUCCGCCGAGGUGUACAGCCAGCUGUACCCGUACCCGGGCCUGCUCAACUACACCUCUGGCGCCAUCCAUCACGUCCGUCUCCGCGGCCUGCGCCCUGCCACGCGCUACUACUACCGCUGCGGCGACAGCAGCCUCCCCGGCGGCCUCAGCGACGAGCACUCCUUCACCACCCUGCCCGCCACCGGCGCCGGAUGCUACCCGCGCCGCGUCGCUGUGGUAGGUGACCUUGGCCUCACGGGGAACUCCACCGCCACCGUCGACCACCUCGCCCGCAACGACCCAUCCCUGGUCCUCAUGGUUGGGGACAUGACCUACGCGAACCAGUACCUCACCACCGGCGGCAAGGGAGUCCCCUGCUUCUCCUGCUCCUUCCCCAAAGCUCCGAUUCGGGAGUCCUACCAGCCAAGAUGGGAUGGAUGGGGAAGAUUCAUGGAGCCGAUUACAUCGAAGAUUCCGCUGAUGGUGAUAGAGGGGAACCAUGAGAUUGAACCGCAGGGUCACGGUGGAGAGGUGACCUUCGCGUCUUACUUGGCACGGUUCGCUGUUCCAUCCAAGGAGUCUGGAUCCAACACCAAAUUCUACUACUCCUUCAACGCCGGUGGCAUCCAUUUUAUCAUGCUCGGUGCCUACAUCGACUACAACCGCACAGGAGUUCAGUACUCGUGGUUGGAAAAGGAUUUGCAGAGGGUUGAUCGACGAGCCACCCCUUGGGUCGUGGCUGCUUGGCACCCACCUUGGUAUAACAGCUAUUCCUCGCACUACCAAGAAUUCGAGUGCAUGAGGCAAGAAAUGGAAGAACUUUUAUAUGAAUAUCAGGUUGACAUUGUUUUCUCAGGACAUGUACAUGCAUACGAAAGGAUGGACCGAGUAUUUAACUACACAUUGGACCCCUGUGGCCCGAUUUACAUCGGCAUUGGAGACGGCGGGAACAUUGAAAAAAUUGACAUGGAUCAUGCUGAUGACCCUGGAAAGUGUCCCUCACCAAGUGAUAACCACCCUGAAUUUGGUGGGCUCUGCCAUCUGAACUUCACUUCUGGCCCUGCCAAGGGCAAAUUCUGCUGGGACCGACAGCCAGAAUGGAGUGCAUACAGAGAGAGCAGUUUUGGUCAUGGGAUUCUAGAGGUCCUGAAUUCAACAUAUGCCUUAUGGACAUGGCACCGUAACCAGGACGCAUAUGCAGAGAACAGUGUGGGAGACCAGAUCUACAUUGUACGACAGCCUGACAAGUGCCUUCUGCAGCCAGCUAGUGCGUCGUCUCUCAAUUGAUAGCCCCAUUGGAGGAUGCCCUUCUCUAGUGAGUAGUAACAGCUCCGGUGGGUCCAUUACAAAUGGCCAGCUCUCCUACAAAAUGUUUGUAAUUAUGUGUGUAGCUUUAAUGUGAAAGAGUUAGGUGGUCUGAGCAGUACUCAUCUCCUUUUUAAUAUAAUACUUUAGGGUUGUUUUACUCUCGGCGGGUCGAAAUUUUUUUGUGUAGCUUUAAUCUGCACAGUUGAAGGAACAUUUCAUACCACCAUUACUUUUCUUGAUUUUAUAAUUGUAGAGCGGCAGAAUGCAAGAUGCACCUUACUGAAUAUUAUACUGCAAGGUUUGUUGAGUCUUUUUUUGUGUUUAUUAUCGAUUUAUUGUAAGGAGGCAACAAUCUUUGUUUUAUUGUUGUAUAAAGAAAUGUGAAACAAUAGCAUUUGGUA